CCCAUGCCUAGCAGUGGGUGAGUGUCCGGCUCCUCGUGGGUGAUCAAGCCGCGCCGGUCGGAGCUGGAGGUGCUGUUGCCGGGCGGGUCAGGAGUUUUAAACAUGGCAGCCCUGGAAGAAAGCUUCCCUCGAGGGGGUACAAGAAAGAAAUCCGAUCACAAGUCAGAGAAAUCGUUCCAACAAGCCGCUGAACAAGACAAUUUAUUUGAUGUUUCCAGUGAAGAAAAAUCCUCCAAAAGGAAGAAGAUCCAGAAAGGGCCAGCAAUAACAAAAAAGUUCAAAACUGAAGAGAGAGAAAAAAACAAGUCUGUAACAGAGAAGUUUGAAAUCCUUAGUGUUGAGUCCUUAUGUGAGGGAAUGCGGAUUUUGGGUUGUGUGAAAGAGGUGAAUGAACUGGAACUGGUGAUCAGUCUCCCCAAUGGCCUCCAGGGAUAUGUGCAAGUGACUGAGAUCUGUGAUGCCUAUACUGAGAAACUAACUGAACAGAUGGCCCAGGAAGAACCUCUGAAGGUAAGGGAGGUCGGCAUGAAGCCUGUUUGUAGGAAUGAAAG